AUGAAUAGAACAACUUUUUUUCUCAUAAUAUGCAACGAAUUCUGUGAGAGGUUCUGCUACUAUGGAUUGAGGUCACUUCUGUUUUCUUUUGCCAAGGAGGAGUACAAGUUUACUGUAAAGGAGUCUACCAUAAUCCUCCACUUCUUCAUCUCGAUGAGCUACCUAUUUACUCUUCUUGGAGGGUUUCUAUCAGAUAUGUUCCUUGGAAGAUAUAAUACCAUUGUGGUGUUGAGCUCCUUAUACCUCACAGGAACCUCCCUUCUCACUUAUUGCUCUGUUGUGUCUGGCUCUCCAGAGCUUCUAGUGACAAGCUUACUCAUGAUAGCCGUUGGAACAGGGGGAAUCAAGCCUUGUGUUGCUGCAUUUGGAGGAGAUCAGUUUGGCCCAGACGAAGCACAGAAUCUAAGGAAGUUCUUUGAUUUCUUCUACUUCACCAUAAACAUUGGAAGUAUGGUCUCCAUGGUGGUGACUCCUGUCAUGUCCAGUGCCACCUGCUUUGGAAAGCAGUCUUGCUAUCCAUUAGCAUUUGGGGCAUCGAGUACAUUACUGGGUACCUCUAUUCUUCUAUUCGCCACUGGAACAAACCUUUAUGUGAUCAAGCCGGCAAGAAAAAGGCAAUUCUCAAGGUCAUUUCGUUCUUUAGUCCAAAACAUGAAAAAGCUGCUCUGGAGUAUGCCUGGAAGUGAUGAGGAACCAGACACUUUACGAACGCCAUCGGAGACUGCUUGUGAGGUCUACGAGGAAGACGACAAGAAAAGAACCUUGAGAAUACUCAGGAUUCUGGGGCCUGCGGUAUUCUUCUGGGCUCUUUAUGAUCAACAAUCGUCUUCGUGGGUAGUACAAGGAUCGAAAAUGAAUGCACAUCAAAGUAUAUUUGGAUACAAAGUCGAUGUCUUGCCAUCACAGAUGCAAGCAUUCAACUCUGCAUUCAUUCUCCUACUCAUUCCAGUGUUUUCAAACCUGAUCUACCCGUUAUUAGGAUGGAUUAGGGUUUUUUCUUCUCCAGAGGAAAAGAUGGGGGUCGGAAUCGCUCUUGCAUCUCUCAGCUUCUUCUGCUCGGGAUACCUUGAGCACAGGAUAGGUGUGGCGGAAUUCACAGGGCAGAAGCUAUCAAUACUAUGGCAAAUACCUCAAUACAUUAUACUAACAGCAGGGGAGAUAAUGUUGAAUGUGACUGGGAUGGAGUAUAUGUAUGCCGAAGCACCGGAAACCAUGAAGUCGGUGGCUCUGUCAAUGUGGCUAUUGACCGUAACCGCAGGAAACCUUCUGGUCAUGGGGAUUGCAUUCUUGGAUCCACUGGCCUUCCUUCCUUCAUUUAGUCAUGAUAUGUGGAGCUUUGUGACGUACGGGAUUGUCGGGCUUGUAGCAUCCAAAUACAUGUUCCAGGCUUCAAGACCCAUCCAGAAAAACACGAAAUAG